AUGGCCGCCACGAACGAUGAACGCCAGGAGGAGAGCCCUCCGCGCAGCGCCAAAGGCACUUAUCACACUCCCCAGUUGCCGCGUGGCACUGCAGCCGGCAGCCCGCGCAGCCCGCGCUUCGUCGGCCGCAAGCCAGCGCCGGACCGCGCCGCGAGCGCCGCGAGCGUCGGGAGUGUCGGGAGCGCCGAGAGCACCGAGAGCACCCGGGACACGUUGCAGGACCCAGACUUGGAUGUGGGCUCAAUGCCCGGUGUCCCGCCGCCCCGCAGUUUCCAGGCUCCGCCAGGCUCCAAAGUCAAGCCCAAGAAGAUCCUGUCGCCCAUCCACUACUACUUGUCCCGCUCCCGCAAACCCUUUUGGGGUUCGGAAGACCUUGCCUUAACCCGGCCGCCGCGGAUCUACGUGGACCAGAAGUCGGUCUUUCGGGAGAUCGCGUCCGUGACCCAGCUCCGGCGCGGGGACCACUGCAUGAUCACCUUGAACGUGCUGCGGUGCUUGAGCCCAUGGGUCGACUACCUGGUGAGCCUCAUGGGUUCUUUGGAGCUCUUCCACCUCUAUCACCACUUCGUUAUCCUCGAUGACGUGGACCACGUCGACGACUUCGGUGUUCCAAGAACAGCUCAGGAUGACAUCGUCAACAUCAUGGAGUACUCGAACACGGUGGAAGGCUUCGUCGAAGAAGUGCGUGUCAAGACUUUUGGGGCAUGGUGCUCACUGCCAAAAGUCUUCGUCGAAACCAUCCUCAACAAGGCCCACUGUCACCGAGUUCCGUUGGCGGACUAUGGGGACAUGCCGCACAUCUUCCGCAUGGAGGAGAAGCUGACGCAGGAGCAGCGCGAGCGCAUCGUCCGCGACGCCGUGAACUUGAUUGAUAACCAGAUCAACUACAACAUUUUGUGGGCCAACUGCGAGCACACCACAAACUUGGUGUCAGGAAAGCAACAGUACACUUCUCCUGAAGUACACUUCUGCAUCUGGAGCAUUGUGCGCUAUGCCCUGACAGUCUUGGGUUUGGCAACCCUGCACGUAGUGACGAUGAAAUGCUACAGCAGAUACUGCCUGCACUAUCCUUUCUGGGCGUUGGCUGCUUAUUACUCUUGCACCGCUUUGCCAGUCUUGGCCCAGAUUCUCGUCCAAUUUGGGCGCAUGGCGCACACGGUGGCCACGUCCUGGCGCAAGAGCCUGAUUUCUAGGAGUGAUGUCUACCACUUGCUGGUGAAGGAGCUGUGCCGUGCCAUCUUCAACGGAGCGCUCGCAGUGGGGUUUCUGGUGUGGGCUCCGGAGAUGCUAAAGCUUGCAGAUGGCAGGUAUCCGGUUCGGAUCUCCGUCGCCAUUGUCUUUGCGUACCUUGCCAGCGAUGCUGCUUUCGCGUUGCUCGCCCAGGUUGCGACGCGGAUUCUAGUCCAAACCCGUGGCCAUUUUUGGCUGAUCGGCGGCAGCGAUCACACGUGGGAGGAAGAACAGCUCCUCAAAGAAGAGGCCAAGAGUAAGAGCAAGAGCAAAGCCGACUGA